GAAACACGCACAUCGUUCAUUCUCGAAUCCAUGCAUAGUUGACGUAUUCAUACGCCUGCGACCCGUCGCAGAUGAACACAUACUCUGACCCGUCAUCAUGGGCACCCUCGGCGACCUCUCCCCGGCUGGGAGCCUUGCCAUCGGAAUCAUAGUUGGCCUGAUAUCCACAAGCGUCCAAUCCCUCGGCCUGACCCUCCAGCGCAAGUCGCAUCUCCUCGAAGACGAAAAGAGCCCCCAUGAUGUCAAACGGCCGCCGUACCGGAGGCGGAGGUGGCAGCUCGGCAUGGGCAUGUUCAUCAUAUCGAAUGUCGUCGGCAGCUCGAUCCAGAUCUCGACACUCCCUCUCCCAGUCCUCUCGACCCUGCAGGCUGCCGGCCUUGUCUUCAACUCGAUAUGCGCCAGUCUUAUUCUCGGAGAACCCUUUACGAAAUGGUCCUUCUGGGGCACCGCGCUCGUCACAUCGGGCGCUGCCUUGAUCGCCAUCUUUGGCGCCACGCCAUCGCCAGCGCACAGCCUCCGCGAGCUCAUCGCCCUGCUCGGACGAUGGCAGUUCAUUGUGUGGAUGUCGCUCCAAGCUGUGCUCGCCAUUUCUGUCGCCGUCACGAUCGAAUUGCUCAGCCAUUUCAGCACGCUCUCACAGAGCCCCAACUUUCGCCUGGCGCGAGGUCUCGCGUAUGGAUUCAUCAGCGGCACCCUGUCGGCGCACUCCUUGUUGUUCGCCAAGUCCGCAGUCGAGCUCAUCCUGAGGACCAUUGCAGACGGAGAUAACCAGUUUGUCCACUGGCAGUCUUGGAUGCUCGUCCUGACGCUGGUAACUCUGGCACUGAGCCAGCUUUACUAUCUCCACAGGGGCCUCAAGCUUGUUUCGACCUCGGUACUAUACCCCCUCGUUUUUUGCAUAUACAACAUCAUUGCUAUUCUGGAUGGCUUGAUCUACUUCAAGCAGACCGACCUCAUCACGCCUCUCCACGGGGGCUUGAUCGCUCUCGGCACCGUCAUUCUCCUUGCCGGCGUCCUGGCUCUCUCGUGGCGUCUCAACGACGAACAGCACCAGCCUGCGGUUGGCCAAUCGACUUUGACGCCAGGUCUGGGCCUCGUGGAGGAUACUGACGGGGAGGAGACGGACUCCCUCAUUGAUUCGGACACGAUGAGUGACGAUGGCAAUGCGGUGCCGUCAACAUACAACACAUUCGGCCCGCAUAGCGACAAUACGCCGCUUACACCCAGCCGGAAGCCGACGAACUCAUGGCUCGAGCGGUCCGAGAUCUGGGGCGAGUUGGAGGAUCAGGAGACUGCCAGUCCGCCACUGACUAGGCGUCGGUCCAACACAUUACCAAGUGGCCCCGCGAAUGAGAGCACAUCACUAUUACCACGACGGCUGGUGUCGGGCGAGUCUACAGCGUCAACAACAGACGUCCCCCGCAGGAUGUUCAGAAAGCGGCGGAAAUCGACAGGUUUUCCAGGAUUCCAUGCGCGGCGAUCCAUACGCCGGACUAGCACGACGAGCGUCCAGGAUGCGCUGGGUGGAAUCUGGAAGAUGAAGUGGUGGCGCGGUGGCAACAACAGCACGAGACCGCGCGUGGAGUCGACAGCGAGCGAUACAGCCGCGCGUGUGCCGUGGGCUCCUGAGAGCCCAGGAUCAUCUGCUGCGCGACCCCUGGUUCAUCAGCCUCCGCCCCCUGGCGAGCACGGGUGGGAGCAUGGCGACGAUGCCACCGACACUCGUGACGACGGAGGCGCAGCUGGUAGUAGGAGAGGGAAGCAGCAGCAGCAACAACAAAGGGGCAAUGACGACCUUGUAUGAUUUUGAGAUUAUCCACUGUCUCCAGAGCAGCGUUCCUUCUCGUUUUCUUUUUCUCAACGCCCCCCACGUUUCAUGUGAUCUGACGGGGAAAGGACUCGUCAUUUGUCGUCCGAGGGAGGACAUGUCGAAUAAACCAGCGCCAGAAACGCAAUAGAACGCCCCGACUGUGCCGGAACCAGUCCCCUUGUUGUCUUAUUCAUACCUUGCACAGUUGAAAUAUCCAUAUAUAGCGAAAUACACGGGGUUUCUUUUUCUGCGGGAAACCAUCAUUGU